AUGGCUCGCGUUUCCAAGUUUAGCGGCAUAGUGUGCGUGGGAAUCGUCCUGCUCGCUUUCGUCCUCACUCCUGCUGAUGCCAUGUAUGCCACGUCCGCCGAUCUGAACCGCGAGGGCACGUGCUACCGCGGCCAAUUCGACUACAGCGAGAGUUCGGAUUUCGACUACGGCAUGGUAGCGCAGGUACCUUCGGGCGAUUUCAACAGCGGCAAGGGCUGCGGAAGGUGCUACGAAGUUUCUUGCAUCAACCACGGAAGCUGCUUGCAGGGCAGCGUGCUGGUGCGAGCGGUCGGCCAGAACGGCGAUUUCAACCUCAACUUCGCCGCAUGGGACAGAAUCGUCGGCGAUCGCGCCGCGGGGCGCGUGGAGAUCGACUACCGCAGCGUGGACUGCCCUAACAAUGGCGGACUGAAGGUUAGGCUCGUGGACGAUAGCAACGCGUACAACUUCGCGCUUCAGAUUCUCGGCGCGGCGGGGAGCGGAGGCGUGGAGAACGUGGAGCUGUCGAACGACGGGUCGCAGUGGUCGAGCAUGACGACGUACGGAUGGGGCGCCACGUGGGUGCUGAAUCCCGCCAAAGACGUCGUCGACGCGGGGCUCCCGGUGAGCGUGCGCGUGACCAGCGGCGGGCAGCAGGUGGUGUUGCAAGACGUGAUUCCGAGCGGAUGGAGCGCCGGGACGACCUACGACAGCGGCACCAACUUCUAG